AGUUAAUGAUAUGCUAUCAAGAACUUAGUGGUCAUUUCAGUUUCAGUUAAAGUCAGUUUUUGGAUUAUGUCUUAUAAUGAAAGCUAAUGUCUCCGCAUUGAAGUUGAUCAAUAAACUUGUCAGAUCUUUAGACAAGCCCAGAUCGCAAAGUGACUUAUCAUCGCUGACUGUGAGCUGUACACUACACGAAGCACAGUACCUGGUGAAGCUAUUGUUGAGUGACAUUCCGAUUGACUCGCAGAGUGGAGAGACAGUUGCAGCAGACACUAGCCGGCUGAAGUUUCUGAGAGAGCACCUGGACAGAUUAUCCAACAGACUCUGCUUCUCCUCCCUACUCUGUCCCGCCCUAGAACACUUGUUCGCACAGAACAAGGCGGCGUGUUCAACCCAGACGCUCCUGCUGAUCUUCAAGACCCUGCAUCUCACCCAACUGCAGGAGAUAACUGUCAGCCUUGCCCUUCUAGACCACACAUCUUUCUCUUCCCUCUCUCCUCCCCAUACUGCCCCUCCUCAAUCAGCACCAGCAGUGACCCAGGUGCAGUUGCGCAGCUGUGCCUUCGAGAUCCUCAAGUUGAAGGUGGGCGACUUUGCACGUGCAUACAGUGACAGCAGCAGCUACCAAUCAGGGCAGCAGCUGCACGAGCACUCGGGGGGUUUCGCCGACACUCCAGUGCGCAUUCUCUACCAGCUGUUGCGUCUGGUGGCAGAGGGAAGCAUCGAACUGCCAGCAGAAUUGCACAAGUCUCUCUUCGACUCACUCGAAAACGACUUCCCCAAGAAAAGUUGUGUACUGGCACCUGCCCUGUACGACAAAGAGGGCACUUCUCUGGACACUGUGUUGUCUGCCAACACAGCAACUAUGGCUGAGAUGAGUUUGGCCAGUGUGAUCGAGAACUUGGGCCCGACUUCUCUGCACAGUGGCGAUGACGUCAUCAAGGUGUUGCAGGAGUUCGGAGUGCACAGAGUGUCCGACUACCAGGUGGCUCUGGUCAUCACACGCAUGACCAACCUCUCCAUGGCCAUCAAUGUGGCCAACGAUGUCCAACUGCAGUCGCUGGCCAGCUCUGGCUGGUCCAACUCCAGUUUGGAACAGGGACUGGAUGCGUCCAAGGCCACUUGUUCGGCUGCAGGCUGGAAUCCACGUGUGUUUGUGGCGGCUGUGAAAGGCGUCGUGAAGACAGUGAACUGGGCUCAGGUGGUCAAACAACUGGAUAACGAUCAGUUCCUUGUGAGAGGGCCAGAGUCACUGGCUAUUGUGAUGGGCGCCAUGGAGGCUAUGAACAUGGGCUCUGCGGCUGACAACUGGACUAACUUCCCCAUCGACUUCUUGUUGUCUCAAUGGUCAAAUAUUAGGGGACAGCUGUCGUGGAUCGAGGCCUUAAUCCAGAGCUACGAUCCCAGGGCCACGGACUCGUUCAGCUUCGGACUAUUUCCAGCCAAACUGUUGAGCACCGCGGAGAGCAAGCUGUUCGAUGAGAACCAGAUUGCUAAGCCACCCAUCGCCACCUGGAAGUGUGUGGAUCUGCUGGCGUGUCUGUUGCGUGCUGGCUCCCCACUUGCGGCCUCAAACUCCAAACUGUUCGACUCUGUUCGCUCUCUCUUCAACUACCCUGUCAAGAACUGUCCAGACGUACUUUUCUUCACCCUCCUACAUGUUGACGAUGCCAGUGUGGGAGUCUCGUCCUCCUCUGCUGGCUCUUCUCCGGUGAAAGACAUUCUGUUUUCCACUCUGGUGACUAUGUUCCUGGACAGCAGUCCCAGUGCUGGUGCUGUGCUGCACUGGGCAUACCACUUCCAGGCACCGGCAUUCCAGCAACCCAUCCUCGCUCUCUUCUCCUCCUACUACAUGGCCAGGCCUCUGGACGCCGCCCGCAUCCACAAACUGCUCGAGGGCUUGCACAAUCUGGGACACAAGGCUGUGCAGGCAGCUGCCAACACUGGUCCAGUGGCAUUUGGCCUGGAAGUGGUGAUGCACGGAGCUAACAGAGACUACUUCAACCUGGAGAAGUAUCUGAGCGACCGCAUUGCAACACACAAGGAGCAGUUUGUGAUGGAGUUGAUUGCGUUCAUUGACGAGAGAGUGUCUCUCUACGUGGCAGGGGCUGAACUGCCGAAAGCACACCUGCACAAACUCAAACACAUCAUCAACGCCACCCGCCUCCUGUUUGAGACUGUGUCCCACUACUCGGCACAGACGCAGAAGGCGGUGGAGGAUCUGGCGAAGAGAGUGAAGCCACUGCAGCAGUGGUUCAGCACUGGCAGACUCAUUGUCCCCCCUCCCCACCCUCCUCCGCAUCCGCCCCUCCACCACCACCAUCUCCACCAGCAGCAGCAGCCCAACUUCGCCCCUGCAACAGCCUCUGCAGUGAGCAACAACAGCAGUAACCCACUGGGAACAGGCAUGGCCGUGAGGGGCACAGGGAGUCCCAUAUAUGGACAAUCCUCCUCCCAGUCCAUGGGCCCUCUCCACUCCUCCAACCCCCCUCUACAACAUCACACUGUGGGGGGUAUGGGCAAUCAGAAGGAUGUGGGUGGAUCAGCAGUUGCAGCACUCUCUCAUUUACACAAUUUGAGUGUAGGACCAUAUGGGUCAUCUAAACUUUCAUCAUCGGCAGCAGCAGUCCAUUCCAUUAAACCUGGACUGAGUUCAUCCGCUUCGGUGGCCUCCGGCGGAGACUUCAUGGCAUCCCAACAACAGCAACCACCGUUCACAUCCGCACUGAGCUUGGGUACAGGCAGUGGACUCACUCUGGCAAAUGCACCCUCCCCCACUACAUCUGCUGCGGGCGAUGUGGGUGGAUCUGUGCUGAAGCAGCGCGAGUUCUCUGGGGAAAUAGAGACGGAGACUAAUAAUUACUUCAUGCGUAUCUACAGCCAGUCCAAUCCUCUACCCCACAUAAACCAAGUGCUGGAACUACUGAAGAACUACAAGAACUCCUCACUGCCCCGAGACAAGGACAUCUACCUGUGCAUGAUGCGCAAUCUGCUGGAAGAGUACCAGUUCUUCGAACAGUAUCCGGACAAGGAGUUGCACACCACUGCCCUGCUGUUCGGGGGAGUGAUCCAGGAGGGGCUGAUGGAGGGGGAGGCACUGCGGGUGGCACUGCAGUACAUACUGGACACCCUGAAGGACAAAGCAGACCACAAAAACAUGUUCCUGUUCGCCCUCACUUCUCUCGACCGACUCAGCCCCUCUCUUCACCUUCACCCACACUUCUGCGCCCGACUGGCUGCACUGCCCUGCUUCGACAGCUUCUCUCAGCACCUCAAAGACUGUAUAAGUUUUGGGCAGCAGGAAAAAAGUGUUGCAGCUCCCAGUACAACAGUACCACCCUCUCUCCAUGGCUCAAGUGUUGAGGAAGUGGGGGGAGCAAGUGGAAUCCAACAGGCCAGUGGGACAAUGGGACAGAAUCAAUCCAGCAAUCAUGUACAGAUGGCGGCGGCGGCUGUUGCUGUACACCCGGAGGGAAGUAUUGUCUCCAGUAGAUCUGCAUCUGGCACCGUCACUGGUUCGGUGGCUGUGUCCGGUGGGGGUUCUGCUGGGCCCUCUCUGGCGUCCUCUGCAGCGAACAUUGACAUUCUGGUGGCUAAUGCAGACAGUGUGGAGAUGGAGGAGCCGAGCAAACAGCUGCAGGAGAAGGUGGCCUUCGUCUUCAACAACAUCUCACAGAGCAACGUGCCAGCUAAGGUUGAGGAGCUGCGUGGAGUUGUGACGAAUGACAAAUUCUACCCGUGGCUGUCGCGCUACCUCGUGGUCAGCAGGAUCACGAUGGAGACCAACUUCCACGCCCUCUACGCCUCCUUCCUUGACUGCUUCGAUGUCAAAUCUUUCUCCCAAAUGGUCCUCACAGAGACCAUCCGAAACAUCAAGGUGCUACUGACUUCGGAAAAGGUGGUCAUGCACAAUUUCUCUGACCGGGCGCUACUAAAGAACUUGGGCAAGUGGCUCGGAAUUAUCACCCUCGCUAAGGACAAACCCAUUCUGCAGAGGAGUCUGGACCUGCGCAGUCUACUGCUGGAAGCGUUUGUCAGGGCCGGCAACGAGAUGACGAUUGUGAUUCCAUUUGUGGCUAAGGUGAUGGAGAGUGCAGCCAAGAGUGUAGUGUUCCAGCCACCCAACCCAUGGACCAUGGCUAUACUCAGCAUCCUCUGUGAGAUCCACAAGGACCCCUCUCUCAAACUUAACCUCAAAUUCGAAGUCGAAAUGCUCGGCAAGCUGCUCAACAUCGAUAUAGCUGAAGUGCAGAAAAACCGGCCAUGUCAUCUGAACAAGACAGAGACGAUGGUCAAGAUUGUUCCGCAGCUGGCACCCCGAAUGCCAUGUGGUGCUCUGUCGGCCGAGUCGGCGGGGGUUUCUGGCUCAUCAGAGGUGGUGCAGUUGGGUGGCAGCAGUGAAUUGCAGCUGAACUCCAGAGCCAUCGCACACUUCACUGCUCUGCAGCAGCAGCAACAACAGCAGCAACAUAGACAUCAUCAACAGCAACACAGUGCCGCACUAGCAGCAGCCGCCGCAGUCCAGAGUGCCUCCGGGUCUGCAGCACAACUGGGUGCACAACAACAACAACAUCAGCAGCAGCAACAGGUGUUGGUGAUGAAGCAGCCACAGUACGCGUACCAGGAGAUCAACCACCAGAGUGUCCAGUCUGGGCUGACUGGGAAGAUCCGGGACAACUACUCCAACUCCCUCUUCCACCAACACCCCACCCUCAGACACCUCAUCAAGCCCAACAUAGAGAAGACGGUGCAGGAGCUACUCACCCCACUCAUCGACAGGAGUGUGCGGAUUGCGGUGAUCACGUGUGAGCAGAUGAUUAAGAAGGACUUCGCUCUGGACCCGGAGGAGAUGCGGAUGAAGACGAGUGCAUUCAAUAUCACCCGACACCUCACAGCCACCAUGACCCUGAUCACGUGCAAAGAGCCCCUGCUGAUCGCAUGCACGAACAGCCUCAAGAACGCAUUCCUCCAACAGCUCAGGAAUGCGAGCAUUGCAGCGGAGUUGGUGCAGAGCAUUGCACAUGGGAUAGCGAAUGACAAUCUGGAGUUGUGUGUAGCUUUCACGCAGAAGAGUGCGAUUGAGAAGGCACUGGUGGAGAUAGAGAAGAAGCUGUCCACUGAGUUCGAUCUGCGCAGACACGCGAGGAACGAGAACAGACGCUACUGUGACCCCAAAGUGCUCACCUACCAGGCAGAGCGCAUGCCAGAGCAGCUGAGGAUGAAGGUGGGCACAGUCACGCCCAAGCAGCUGGUCGUGUACGAGGAGUUUGGAAGAGAGAUUCCCGGAUUCGCCAACAGACCACCAGUCCACACUGGAACAGCACCCACUGAAGACCCACGGGCAUCCCAGCUGGGUGCAAUUAGUCACCACGCGACAGCUGCCUUGAGUGCAGUUGGAGGCGCAGGAGCAGGAGGGGGAGCAGCCUCAAGCGAUGAUUUGGGCUACAUGUAUAGCAAAAUGGUGAGCGAACUGGAGCAGCAUUUGAAGGCGUGCCAGCAACACUCUGCAUCCAGACUGUUUGGCGCCAUGCAGACUCUACUGGAAAACGUGGCAGUGGCCAGAAACUCGCGUGAAAUAUUGGCCGCCAUCUCUCUUCUUUCGAAGACUGUGGACAGUCUGCUGCAAGGACUGUUGAACCCGCCCGACCCCCAGGAGAUGGUGAUGCGGUUCCGAGACUGUCAUCUGCUCGUGUUGAAGGCACUACAGGACCCCAGGGCGUACGGGGCCAUGUGGACUAACAAGAAUGUGACAAAGGCUCUGAUUGAGAGCAGGGAGCCAAACAAGUACUGUGUGGACGGCAUCGACUGUUUGAUCAAGACCAGACUGGUCAACAUGCAGCAGUUCGACAUGUACCUCACGGCCGCCAUGGAGAACGGCUUCAACUACACCGUGGUCUCAUUUGCCAUGAAACUAGUGUACAAAUAUCUGUUCGAUGAGGCCACCACGAACGCACUCCUCGAGGCCAAAUAUGCUGACCUUUACGGCACGAUAGAGAUGUUGAUCCGGAUCGGAAAGGGAUCCCGCAGUCCCCCCGAAGAGCUGAGUCGGUUGAUCGAGAUGAUUGGGGCAAGUGUGGACAACAGUGUGAUCGACAGACAGCCCGGAGGACCCAUCGGGAUGAUGCACUCUGGCAUCUCUCAGGCCAGGGAGUUCGACGACCCACCUGGGCUGAAGGAGAAGACUGAUCAGUUGCUGAGGGAAUGGGUGACCAUGUACCACUCGCAGAACAGUGGCAAGGACAGCACGAAAGCAUUCUCCACAUUUGUGACUCAGAUGCACACGCAGGGCAUCCUGAAGACAGACGACCUCAUCACUCGCUUCUUCCGCAUCUGCACCGAAGUGUGUGUGGAUGUGUGCUACCGGGCUCUGAAUGACUCCACCAACAGUCCCAACCACUCUCUCACCAGGGCCAGAUGCUACCACACGCUGGACGCAUUCGUCCGCCUCAUCGCCCUCCUCGUCAGACACUCUGGCGACGCCGCAAACACACUCACCAAAAUAAACCUGCUCAACAAGGUGCUGGGUCUGUUGACUGGCGUUCUGCUGCAGGAUCAUGAGUUGAAGAACACUAGCUUCCAGCAGCUGCCCUACCACCGAAUUUUUAUCAUGCUCUUCAUGGAGCUUUGUGCGCCGGAUGAAGUUCUCGACGGAAUUAGCUUCCAGGUGCUGACUGCGUUCAGCUAUGCCCUGCAUGUGUUGCGACCCAGUAAGGCGCCUGGCUUUGCCUAUGCUUGGCUGGAACUGAUCAGCAACAGAAUCUUCAUCGCCAGGAUGUUGCACCUCACUCCCCAGCAGAAGGCGUGGGCCAUGUAUGCUCAGCUGCUCAUAGACCAGUUCCGCUUCCUCGCUCCCUUUCUGCGCAAUGCUGAGCUAACUAAGCCAGUGCAGCUGCUCUACAAGGGGACACUUCGGGUGCUGCUGGUGCUGCUGCAUGACUUCCCAGAGUUCCUCUGUGACCAUCACUACGUCUUUGCUGACGUCAUCCCACCCAACUGCAUCCAGAUGCGCAACCUCAUCCUGUCCGCAUUCCCCAGACACAUGCGGCUCCCCGACCCAUUCACGCCAGACCUCAAGGUGGAUCAACUGUCGGACAUCAAAUAUGCGCCGCGCAUCCUGCACAACUUUGCCGCCGGCAUCCCCAGUGCACUGCGGAAAGACCUUGACCUCUACCUGAAGAGUCGUUCUCCCGUAGAGUUCCUGAGCAAACUGAGGAAUGACCUGCAGGUGUCCUCUGAACCAGGCAUGCGGUACAAUGUGCAGCUGAUGAAUGCAGUGGUGUUGUACGUGGGCGUGUCUGCCAUCACUGUGAUCCAGUCUGCGGGCAAGAUGCCACAGAUCAACGCCAUCCAGUACUCCCCACACAUGGAUGUGUACCAACACCUGGCAGUAUCUCUGGACACCGAAGGUCGCUACCUGUUUCUCAAUGCGAUUGCCAACCAUCUGCGCUACCCGAACAACCACACCCACUACUUCAGCUGUGUGCUGCUCUACCUUUUCGCAGAGGCCCACUCGGAACACAUUCAGGAGCAGAUCACGCGUGUUCUGCUGGAGAGAGUGAUCGUGAACAGACCACACCCCUGGGGUCUCCUCAUCACAUUCAUAGAACUCAUCAACAACCCCAACUUCAAGUUCUGGCAGCACGAGUUCGUUCGCUGCGCCCCCGAAAUUGAAAAACUGUUUGACUCGGUGGCCAAGAGUUGCAUGCAGAGGAAGGAGGGGGGUGGUGGGGGACCAGCAGUCGUCCCGUCUCAGGGGGGAUCUGGGAUUCCCUCCGGCGGUACCCUUAGUCUCCCGCACUCUGCAGCUGCUGCGUCUGCUGUGAACGUCAGUAGUAGCACAGCGAGUGCCAGUGGUGUGGGUCCGGCCGGCAGCACUGGUGGAGGAUCGGGGACAAAUGCAGCUGGGGGAGCAGUGCAGUCUACUAAUGUGACUCUGGCCUGUCCCCCCGCCGCCGCCUCCUCCACACAACAGGUGCGCAAUGACCAAGUGGUGUCGCCCUCAUCAGCCAACAUCAUACAGGCUGUUACAGUGAACAACAGUGAAGGCCACUCAAACAGUGGCUAGGAAAUCACGAAAUUGGCUGAACAUAAAAUAUAGACUGAACUGAAAUUGAACUUUUCAAAAAUGAAGCUGAAACUCAUGAAACUUCGUUCGAUUGAAAAGGAUGCGGCCAUGUUGCAGUGUAGUGUUUUAAGUCUCCGUGUUUUUACUGUUGAUGAGUGUUGGAGUAAUUCCUUUUAAAUUCGUUUCGAGAGGAAAAUUGUUAAUUCCUAUCUACACUCUAGUUUCUCAAUAUAUUUUGCGCUAUCUCUAGACAAUCCUUGUCUGGACAAUUUUGCCUUUGUGUGUGAGUAGAAGUUUUAAUCUAACAUUCAACUAUGUGAUGUUGUCAAUAUCUCACGCGCAAUGACGCUUCAUUUCAGUGAGAACAAACUUAAUUUGACCUCUUAACGAACUUACGUCAAUUUGUAAGUUCAAUAUUUCGCACAUGUUCAUGAACUACAUAAAGUUUUUACAGGGGGGCCAUGGUAUCGGUGCGGUCAGUGCCACAUCAGUGCCAGCAAUUUAUUAUCAGUGCCAAAAAUUCUUUGUCGCAUUUGUUCACAAAAUUAUCAAAAGCUUCGAACGAUAUAAAUUUGAAUCUAAGUUAUGCUGAUAUGAUUUGUAAAACAUUCUUCUGAGAAUUUUAUUUCUGAAACGUUCUCACAAAAUAAUUUUCGACAUGUUAACUGGUUUUAUUUGUGCUUCAAGUUGUGUCAAAAAGAGGGAAAAAGCGAAAAAUAUUUGUGCCAGGGGUUCAUUUUUAUCAGUGCCAGCGAUUUUUGGAUACCGUGGCCACCCUGAUUUAUGAAUAAUCUUGUCCCUGCCAAUUUCUUUGCUCUCAUAAUUUAAGUGUUUUCAAACAACCUACUUGUGCUUAUUUUUGUGGGCAAUUAUAUGGAAAAUGGCAGUUGGAAAUGCAGACGAUGUUGCUAAUUUAAUUUGAUCAAACUCCUUAUUUUUGAAGAAAUACUGUUGAUUUGUUAUAAUAACUGAGUCUACGCUUUAGUUAUAUGUUGUUCAUUUAUUUCUUUAAGUGCGAUUGAUGCAAGAGAACACGUUCUUUUUA